GGAGAACCUCAAGAAAACCACAAUAAUCCGAGGUCUGGCUUGAUCGAACAAGCUGCUCCGAUUCUUGACUAUAUCUGGUAUCCUUCUGCGUCCCCACGCAACCCUGCUUCGUAUUGUUUUGUUGCCUCGGUUCGAGAAUGUCCCGUAAAACUAAUCGACGCUAGUGAUGGUAGGCUCCGAGCAUCGUACAAGGUUGUAGAUCAUCGUGAGAGACAGAUUGCACCACACAGUCUUGCUUUCAAUCUUUAUGCAAACAAGCAGCUAUCUGCUGAUUGGCGGAAUUCUUCUAGACUCUACUGUGGGUUCGAAGAUGCUAUUGAGGUCUUCGACGUGGUUUCCCCAGGAGAAGGCUCUCGCCUGCAUACCACCCCUUCUAAAAAAUCCAAAGACGGAUUGAAAGGGAUAAUAUCCUCUCUUGCAUUUGCUCCCAGCUAUGGCUCCGAUACCUACUUCGCUGCGGGAUCGCUCACUCCGUCUAGCUCCUACACCUCCAACAUCGCCCUCUUUACGGAGGAUAGCAAUGGCACUCCUAUAGGAUACCCGGGCGUUGACAGCGCUGGCGGCGGCGUGCGAGCCGCUGUGACUCAGCUGCAAUUUAACGCUACGAGCCCCCAUAUACUGUACGCCUCUUUCCGCCGGCACUGCUGCAUCUACAGUUGGGAUCUCCGCGGAGACAUUAGUACACCGCUGAAAGUAUUUCGCUACGGAGAUGCUAAGGGUGCGACACGCGCACGCGACGAAAUGACCAAUCAGAAGCUACGGUUCGACAGUGACUUGAGCGGCCGGUGGUUGUCUAGCGGAGAUCAAAAUGGAGACGUAUCUGUGUUCGAUGUCAACGACGAUUCCGCGGAAUCGAGUGCGACUGGUCCACCAGAAGCCAAGCCGACGCUACGGUUUCAUGCGCAUGAUGGUACGUUAUACCGGUCCAACGUACCUCCAAUUCCAGUUCUCAGUAUUCUCAGAUGCUGUCGGGUCCGUGGGGUUCCACCCUACGCAGCCACUACUGCUAUCGGUUUCAGGAUCAAGGCACUUCCAUCACGACGCGGAAUCUCGCUAUGUCGACGUUGCCAUGGAGGGAUCCUCGUCUGA